GGAAUUGUUCUUGUCAGGGUGCCGUUUUUGUUUGCUGAAAAUUGUCUGGCAAUACUGGCAACACAAGUGUCUACAACUUUGGUAGUGCUGGACACUUUCCAUUCUUCAGUCUGUCUUUGUGACUUGGAAGGUAAAUGGGAAGUUUGUAAAGAAGAAAGAUUUAAGUCAGCUCUUAGUCAUACCAAAGGCAGUGGUUUUGUGACCUUACAUGCAAAGGUACCAAAUAGCAGCUGCUGCUGGACAGGUGGACAGUGGUGCAGUUUGAUGGGCACAGCGUUAAAAUGAAUCUUCUGAAACAUUUGCAAAUACCAUCAAUUGCAAAUGUAUGGGUUAUUGAUGACUACCUAUGCCAACCUUAAAUAUCCUGGAAAUAUUUCUGUUACUUUUGUCCUGAAACCAAGCACUGGAGGCACCUUGUCUCUCUGAAUCAAUGCAAAUCACUGCUCUGUCUAGCAGAGAGGUAGGUUUUUAUUGCAAGCACUGAUAUUUUUACUAAAGGACUAUUGCAGGGAAUGACAGAACACUUGUCAAAACUAUAAAACACUUUUAUGUGUGCACAGAGCUGAGUAAAACUGCAUCUAUAGAUAAGUGUUUUACAGCUUCAAAUAUGCUAUAAAGAUAAAAUGUGUACUUAGUUUUGUGAAUCAGAUCCAAGACUGAUUCUUCAUAAAAGUUUGAGAGAACCAGCUAUUUAUAGAUGUGGCUGCAGAGUCUCUGCAUCAGAUAUAUCUUGUUUUCCCAUUCCAAUGAUUUAAAUAUUUAAAAAAUAUACAUAAAAUAUGAUAGCAAAAUUUUGUAUAUUAAAAAAUUAAUUGCUUUCUCCCAUUUUCUUUUUUUUAUUUUUUUCAUUGUUUUUAAAUCUAGCCAUUUCAUUUACAGUUCAGAAACUUUGAUUUUGGGUUUAGAAGUCAAGCAAAAUUUGACAUUACAAAACCAAUGCACAUUUUUAUAUGAAAUCUAUCUUUCAAAAUCUUUUGGGGUUUGUACUAGCAGUGUGUCUUACCAUGUCUCUAGCUAUGUGGAGAUGGACAUCUACCUAGUUAUUACAUGGUUGAGUGAGAAUUAAGAUUUCUGGAGAAAAGAAGUGGAAAUUGAAGAAAUAGGAAAUCCACUUGGUCUGACCCAGUGUGCAAGGCGUCCAGUGAUGUGAUUUCUCUUCCUAGCAAACUAGUUAGGUGAUGGAAACCAUCCUGGACUUUUUAAGAUCUUUUGAAACGCAGCAUUCUGUCAUCUUUACAAUUGUUCUCUGCAAGUGCGGGCUGCUUAGUGGCAUUGACUAUUGAAUGUGCUGUUUCUGUUUCUGGCUGCUUGGGGCAAGCACGGAGCAAUGUUUCUGGCUCAGGAAAUUGGCAUCUCCGUUGGCUGAAAUCCUGUGUCUGUCCCAGCCUGGUCCCUAAUUCUGAUGAGCACCAUCUGCGAGCUGCGUAAUGAACCAGAGAGGCUCUAAUGAUGUGACAGUCUGCUGGUGCUGAACUGUAAAUGGCAUCCUGAUGCUUUAGCAGUGCAAGGGUGAUUCUUAAUGAAAUUGGCCCCUGCAGUAUCUCAGGCAAACAAAGCUGUAACUUUUUAAUGAUUUUCCUGAAGGCAGGUCAUGUUUUUAUAAUUAUUUCCAUCUCUGAGUAUACAAGAGUAUCAUUCCAUUUUGGUCUCAAAGGGAUUUACCCUGUUUUCUCCCAGAAAUUGCUUAGCAGUUGGGAUUGCCAUGUCCUUUGUGUUUAUUUUAGUCAUCAUAGACAUAAAUGCUUUUUACCCAUACUAUUUUCUGUGCUGUUUAACUAUCAGCAAAUGCAUUUGCAGCAUUUCGGCUGAUAUUUAUUAAUGACAGAAUGCACAGUCUGACCUACUUUUCACCACACUGAGUGUAACCCCUUGAAACAGAAAUGAGAAAACUGCCAGAAAUACUGAUACAAAUGAUUCUACUAAAAAUACAAAAUUUGGUUUAAAUAAACAUCAUGUGCUAUUCAGAAGGCAGGGAAAAUAGCAAACAUUUCUUUGAUCAACUCCAAAAUUAGAGGAUUUUUUCAUAUUAGAAAAUUAUUUUCCAUGUUCUCAAAUAGUAAAAUUUUAGUGUGAUCUUAGGGUAAACAUCUUGUAGUUACUCUGAGUCUUUGUAUCAUGGUCAUUCAACAAACAUAGAAAGUUUAAAUCUUUCUAAAAGGAGGAAUUUAGGAGAGAGUUUGAUUUGUAAGAGCCAUUUUUUUCCCCUGUUGGUCAGUUCUGCCAUAUUGGUGCAAAACAAAAGGUUCUCCCACUCCCUCCCUGCCCCAAAAAAAACCAAACCAGCAACCAAACAAAAAAAGCCGCAACCAAAAAAACCCCACACCUUCAUUUCCUCUCUGGCGCUGUUUUAUUGCAGAUGCUUGUCCAUUACUUUCCCACACACUGUUCCUCCUCCAGGGAGCCUUUGUCAGAGGUGAUUUAAAAAGGCAUAAGCAGAAGGACUGGUACUUCAUUUCAUGUAGGUUAUUGCAUAUCUUGCACAGUUCCUUUCUGUCACUAUCUGUGGGAAUACUUGUUGGGCAGUGCAGCCAGUCUUGUAAACACCGGCUGCAAUAUGUGUGGAGAAAAAUGAUGGUAAGAUUGAAGGUACUGGCAUCUCUUUUCACCCUUCUUCCUUGUUUGGUCUCUUACAGUGGUUGCAGCUCAGGAGUGUAUGAAAUAACUUUGUAUUUAUUCUCGGUGGUAAACUAAAUUAAAAUGACAAGAUACAUAUAUUAAAAAAACAACCCAAAACCCAAAAACAUGUUUUCACCCUCCUGGGGUUAACUGGACAUCUUGGCACUUGUGUUUUAGCCUUUGUGGUCCUGACUGUCAGGAGCAUUUGGGGUCCAAGCUAGAUACUGCAAAGGCUGAGAAGACCGUCCUCUGUGCAGGUGUAGGCUCUGAGGAGUGCAUUUCUUCUGGAGGUGGACAGAAAUUUUGAAAAACUUUCAGCUUGCUGUCUGGUAGAAAUUACUAAAUUUGGCUUUGUCUGUCCUUUACUUAGAGACACUGUGGAAAAUUUAGAUAUCUCAGACACAUUAGUAAAUACAUUUCAUCCAAAGAUACGGGGUGGAAAAAAGAUUACAAUUGCUUUCACAGCAGUGUUCUGUGGCAUUCCCUUGUAAGGAGAGAAAAAUGCUACAAAUUAUUGUGAAGGUUGGUGAAAUAGAUUUUGUUUUGAAACUGGUGAUUCUGCAAAGUGUGCUUGGCUGUGACUUUUUAAUUAGCAGAGAGCAGUUACUCCAAGAAGACUGGCAAAAUUUCUGCAUGCUUUGCUGACCGUUCCAAGUGGAGAAAGAAAAUCAGAAUUUGAAUAGUGGCUAAUUUGUCUUAAUUUGAGAACUCCAUCACUUUUAAAUUGCAUAUCAGCUCUGAAGAUGUCUUUUGUUUUGUAAACAAUCAUCUGGUGGAUGACUGUUUUCUUACAAUUGUACAAUUCUUUGGCAUUAUUGUAGGGGAGCAUGUCUGCGUCUCAGAGUCAAAGGUAUAUGCAUGUUCCUUCAGCUCUUCUCUAGCAGUUGUCUAGGUGGAUAUUCAGCUUAUCCAAUUCUAAAGAGUUCAGAAAACUGAGGGCAGAAUAUAGUUUACUUUAUAGUGGCUUAUGCAACUUCUGUGGUUUCUUUCUGAUUUUUUGAGGAGCUUUAUAAACAUGGUUGCUUACUGCUUUCCCUCAGGUAAGGUAGGUGCUUGUUUUGCUGGAUUUAUACUAAAAUCUCCAUUUUAAUAGACCUAUUUUAUAAUUGCAGAAUUGUGGAAUAAUUCAUUUUUGAGAGGACCUCAGCUCAUUUAGUCCAACCACCUGAUAAAAUCAGGGCUAGGUGUGAGGUCACACCAGGUUCUUCAGGGUUUUAUUGCCUUGAGCCUUGAAAAACUUCACUGGUGGAGGCAGUGUGACAUGUCUGGACAGCUUCCUCUGCUGGUGAAUGGUUCUCAUGGUGGAAAUGUUUUUCCUUCUAUCAAAUCUGAUCCUUUCAGCUUACACUUACUGGCUCUUGUCAUCCCAUUCUGUGCCAGUAUGAAGAGCCCAGUUCCCCAGUGCCUCCCUGGAGGUCCUUGGAGGCCGUCCCAAAACCAUGUCUUCUCCAGGGCUGACAAGGCCUUGGCUGUGCAGCCUCUCUUUAGAGGAUGAGUCCCUGUCACUUCCUCCUGGACUUGUCUCCUUGUUGUGUUGGGGGCCCCAAAUCCCCGCAGUGUCCUGGUGUGCUCUGAGGAAUGCUGUGCAGAGGGGGAUAAACCCUUCCCUUGGCUGACCAGCCGUGCCCCUGCUGAGGGAGCCCAUGUGGCUGGCCGCCCUUUCUGCUGCCCACCAGCAACUCCAUGGCUUCUUCCAGGGAGCUGCUCCAGCCCAGCAGUCCCUAGGCUGUGUUGUUGCAGGGGAUUGCUUCUUUACAGGUGAAGGACUUUGUGUUUGCCCUCAUUAAUUCCAUAAGGGCCCCAUUGGUUCAUUCCCCCAGCCUGUCGUGGUCCCUCUCAAUGGAAGUCCUGCACGUACCAGCUGCUGUCCCUAUGGUGGUGUCAUCUGCAAACGUUGACAAUGACAAAUAUUGGAGAAAAAGAAAACGUGUAAAAUAUGAAAGUUUCUGCCAGGGAGGAGCAGACAGCUCUUCUUUACCUGCCUCAGUUGUGUGCCUGGUUGCUUACCACAUAUUUUUCAUGCUGUUCGUCUGGUCAUAUUGGAAAACAAUCUUUACGCUACCAAUGAAUCCUUCAAAAGAAUUUCAUCUGUCAUAUUCAGACAAGGAGUCCCUAGAGAGGGAACCUAGAGGUGAAUCCCAGCAAGAAGUCUUAAGACGAGCAGCCAAGGAUCUUCCUAUCUAUACACGGACAAUGUCUGGAGCAAUCAGAUACUGUGACAGAUGCCAUCUUGUAAAACCAGAUCGUUGCCAUCACUGUUCAGUAUGCGACAAAUGCAUUUUGAAAAUGGAUCAUCACUGCCCUUGGGUGAACAACUGUGUAGGAUUCUCCAAUUACAAAUUUUUUCUUCUCUUCUUGGCUUACUCGCUACUGUAUUGCCUUUUCAUCGCUGCAACAGAUUUGCAGUACUUUAUCAAGUUUUGGACAAAUGGCCUUCCUGAUACUCAAGCCAAGUUCCACAUCAUGUUUUUAUUCUUUGCUGCAGCUAUGUUUUCUGUCAGCUUGUCUUCUCUCUUUGGGUAUCACUGUUGGCUUGUCAGCAAGAAUAAAUCUACAUUAGAGGUAUUCAGAGCGCCCAUAUUUCGUCACAGAACAGAUAAAAAUGGUUUUAGCCUGGGCUUCAGCAAAAACCUAAGGCAGGUGUUUGGUGACGAGAAGAAAUACUGGUUGCUGCCUGUGUUUUCAAGUUUAGGGGAUGGUUGCUCCUUCCCAACUUGCCUUGUUAAUCAGGAUCCUGAGCAAGCUACUACACCUGGUGUACUUAAUUCAACAUCCAAAAGUGAGAACCAUCUGUUUCCUGCAAAGCCGUUGCGUGAUUCCCAGAGCCACCUACUUACAGAUGCACCAUCUUGGCCAGAAACUGCUGCAAAGGCUGACAAGGGCAAAGUUGGUAUGAGCAAUCCUGCAUUAACCAUGGAAAAUGAAACCUAAUUUCCCUUAAAAAAAGCAUCUGCAUAUGUAAGGAAAGUUUAAGAACAAGCUGUUGUUGGAAGGAAGAUGCAUUCUUCCAAGUAUCAGCCCUGUUGGCCAGCUGCUCCUGUCUGCUCCUCUAUGGAUGUGCUCAGAAAACAAACUGACAGAUGAUUUGCUGUCUCCAUGUCACUGCUUGAAACACAAAACUAAACAUACUACUUCUGAACCAUAUAAAGGAUGUUUCAACUUAAAAUUACUGGGUUUGAAUGGUGAAGGAUGAUUGAGUACUAGAAAGUGGUAAAAAAGUCUAUGUUUACUAUUGUAAAAAUUCGAUGGCUGGUUUUACUUUGAUAUUCAGCACAAGAAAAAUGUGAACUCCUUACUAUCAGUUCAUGUUCUUGGCUUGGUUUUGAAAAUUCACCUUUUAAUUCAAAUUGUUGUAAGUAGUUGACUUUAAAAUCAAAUUUUUGCACUACUGGCUUUAUGAAUUGGGAGAACAGCCAGUGUUGAUUAGGAAUAGUUUAGUGGCUUGGUGGACUGUAUUUUCUUUUGAGCCCUUGAUAAGCAAUUUUUGAAGAAAACCUAAGUGAAGUGUCUGACUGGUUUUAGAACAUUUUUUUUGAAAAUAUUAUUGUAAAAGCUUUGUUUUCCCAAAGGUCUGCAGUACAGGUAGUUGGAAAAGUUGCUGAGAGAGAAAACAAUCCUUUGGGUAACUGAAUGCUACAGUGGGCCACUGCUCAGUGAUGUGAUGAAAAGCCUGUGUUCAGGGGGGUAAUACAUAAAUGAAACUGGCCAGCUGGGGAUUUUGAUGGAAGCUUCACAGAACAGUCCUAUGAAAUGGGAUUUCAUUGUCCCAUUUGGAGCUCUUACCCCUUUGGGAAGCAAAUGUUGGCCCUGAACUUUGAUCCAAAAGGCUUUUUACUAACCUGUGUUAGUUACUGAGGGCCUCUGUCUUUCAAGCUCCUAUUUCAUAUUAAUAUUUGUCUCAGAUUUCUUUUUUCACUUUUUCUUCAAGACACUGCCUUUCUUACUGCAUAACUUAAUACCAUGUGCAGUCAAGGUGACUUACUGGUAUUACUUGUGAUAUUUGCAUUUACAGGAUAAUGGACUUUUGAUUGCAAUACCAAAAAGCCAAGCUGCUGCACAUAGGAAAUCCCAUUCAAUGAAGAUAGGAGCUAGCAGCUUUUUUAGGAUCAGAGUUUACUGACCAGAAUAAAAGAUGCAUUUUUGGCUUUCAAAGUCAAGGAAGUUUCAGCAACACAACUCUAAUUGUCUUGUGCCUUUUGUAUACACUACAUUUAAGGUAUCACUGUUUACAUUUAAAUGCAAAUUUCUCUUCUGAAAACAACUUUAGGAGGAACUUAAUUAUACUUUCUAGGGGGCUAGAUAAAAAGAGAAGUCAAAAAAGAAAGGUGAAAACCUCAGACUGUGCUGAGUUUGGUUGAAACAGUUAAGUACUUCUAUUAUCAAACCUGAAUUACUUAGUAGGUUGGUUCACAGUGUAAAGAUGCCAGUCACUUGUUUAGGAAACUGGCAGCAGAACUAAGUGAUGUAAUUCUGAAAGCAAAAUAUACUAUCAUUAACUCUUCUACCAGCAGGUAACUUCAAAAUUUGUCUUUCUUGGGUUUGCAACUUAAGUGAUAGCUGGUGUAGCAAAAUGUGGCAAUUUUUUUUUUCUCUAGUGAGGGAAAAUGUAUUUCUUUUAUUUUUUUCUUUUAAAUCUAAAAAUUUUACCAGCCUGAAAACAUCUGUUUAUUGCCAGAAGUGCCAGAGUGUGAAUCCCUUGAUACAGAACACCUUUUUUAAACUAGCAUGAAGGUAGCAUACAGUUUACAUUAUGCCUGCAAAGAUCUAGUUACCAAAAGAUUUUUUGCAGCUCUUUAUUCGGUGUUGUUCUGUCAGCUUACCUCAUAUUCGUGUUUGUUUAAAGGCGAACUUGUCAAGGGAUAAGGGGGAGAGGGAAAAUAUAUUUUUUAACACUUCAGGUUCUCUAUCUGUAGAGUCUUGUUUUUUAUGCAGUUAGUCACAGGGUGGUUUGUCAUGGAGCAUGCAUUAAAAAAUACUAAGUAGAAAGUUCAAAUUCAGCUUCAGUGUGUCUUGCACCAUAUUUUUAUGUAAAGACAAAAGAUUUCCUCCCCAGCAAAACACAUCAUGGAAAUGGAUCUCUCUAAUGUCGGUUUCUGUGUGUCCAGGGCUCUGAGAUCUCUGAGUAAGGCUGGGGAAUCAAUGUAGAGAAAGGACAGGGAUAAGGGAUCAAGAAAUGCCUGGCUUCUCCAUGUCUCAGAAGUCACACUUGGAAAGCACAAUAGCCCUUAAUAUUCUGCAGUUUUGUUGCAGCCAGAGACUGUCCCCCUCACAGAAAACUGAUGGAGGCAUGGGAAACAGACACUGAUGGAGGGAGAAGAAAGGGAAAGGAAGGAUGGUAGCAAAGAUGUAAACAUUGAGCAGAGCUGAGCCAGGGUCUGUAGCUACAUCUGCUCUCUGGAUGGGCAUGAUCUGUGUCUCCGUGAAGAGCACUGUCAGCAGGCUUUGAGGGUUCCUGGCAGUUCUCACUGUGUAGAGUAUGGACAAAAUCAAGUUAAUCAUGCUCCAAAGUAUAAUUUCUGAUUAUAUGACUGUACUCUUGGCUUUAAACUCUCUAAUACUUUCUAUAACAAAGUGAAAAUUCUCUUUUUGACAUACUGACCAUUGUCAGUGUUACAAUGCAUGCAGGAGAAUUUGUGAAGAAGUCAGGGUAGCAAGGAUGCAAUGUUGUUUGUCUGCAUACACUGAUUCUCCUGUCCUUUAUAUUCUUGCUAGGCACUUUACUACAGCCUUUUGUGUAAUUUCUGUAUUUUUUUUAAGGAGUGCUUUUUACCUACUGUACAGUUACUAAUCUACUUUUUUGCUAAAAAGAAAAUAUCCCUGAUAUUUGUCUAGAGGGAGGACUGCGUUUCAAGCUUUAGUGGAAACUGGAUGAGUUCUGCAGACUCCUCAGAUGGGCCUGAGUCCCAAAUGACAACAGAGUUAAAUUUAUUUUGUAUAUAUGUAAACAGUCAUAUGAACCAUAGCUCCCUACAUGUGUAAAAAAUGUCUUUUAUUUGUAGGUUAGAACAAAUCCAAAACAUCUGCACCAGAAGUAGUCCACACAUAUUCUGUAUCAGUAGAUGUACUGGUGAUGGAGUACUCAAAGUCUUCACAGAGAACUAUUUUUGUUAGGAAAAUGGAACACAAUCUUUGUGAGCAGUUAAGACAGAGCUGCUGUUAUGCACUUUAAUUCUUUAACUUGAGAGAAAAAACUCUGUCCAGUUCAGGUUACAGACUGAAAGUUCUUUAGCAGACUAUGGCUGGGAAGGUAAUUAAUGAAACACAAAAUCACAGAGUAGCAGAGGUUGGAAGGGGCCACCAUUGGGGUUAUCUGGUCUCUGCUCAAUCAGAAUCAUCUUAGAGCACAUUGCGCAGUAUGAAAUACAGAUGCUUCUUGAGUAUCUCUUGUGAGGGACACUCCAGAAAGGAGUUUCAGUGUGUGGAAUGCUGUAGCUGUUUUUCAUCAUUUGGACUGAAACCUAAUUUCCCUUAAAAUAAACAUCUGACUAUGUAAGGAAAGGUAUGUUGCUAUUCUCUGUAUUUAUUAUUUUAUUUGAUGAUUCCUUACCCUUUGAAGAAUGCACAAAAGAAAACUACUGAAACACUUCCUAUCUGUUUUCUUCAAUUAAUUUUUUAAUCAACUGAGAGUUCUUCCCCUGGUUCGGUUGACUGGUGUGUGGAGGGGUGGGGGGAAAUAUAUUUCUACAUAAAUUUAGUGUAUAACUUUGCCACAUGUUAAUGUAUUGCUCACAUAAAUAAAUGCUUCCUGUCCAGCAUGCCA